CUGCACAGUGGGAACUGCUAGUCCGCCAUCACUGUGCAUAGAUAACUAGCCCGGAGUUGAGUGCAGUCUGUGGUGGCUAAGUGACUAUAUCAAGCAAGAGACUCGGGGAAAGGUCGAGGGGAGGAAUUGUUCAGCUUUCCACCUGCAUGCUUCCCUGCAACGGCCCAAACAAAGUCUUUCAUGUGAACACAGAGACGACCGAAUAAAUCACUAUAAAUGUCCAACCUCAGCAAAGGCGGCACCAAGAAGGACACCAAGAUGAGGAUACGAGCCUUUCCUAUGACGAUGGACGAAAAAUAUGUCAACAACAUAUGGGACCUCCUGAAAAAUGCCAUCCAGGAGAUCCAGCGCAAGAACAACAGCGGGCUGAGCUUCGAGGAGCUGUACAGGAACGCCUACACCAUGGUGCUCCACAAGCACGGGGAGAAGCUGUACACGGGCCUGCGGGAGGUGGUCACGGAGCACCUCAUUAACAAAGUACGAGAAGAUGUCCUCAAUUCGUUAAAUAAUAACUUUCUGCAAACCCUGAAUCAAGCCUGGAACGACCACCAGACAGCCAUGGUCAUGAUCAGAGACAUCUUAAUGUACAUGGACCGCGUGUAUGUGCAGCAGAACAAUGUGGAGAACGUGUACAACCUGGGCCUGAUCAUCUUCAGGGACCAAGUGGUCCGCUACGGCUGCAUCCGAGACCACCUCCGACAGACGCUCCUGGACAUGAUCGCGCGGGAGCGCAAGGGCGAGGUGGUCGACAGGGGCGCCAUUCGCAACGCCUGCCAGAUGCUGAUGAUCCUGGGGCUGGAGGGGCGGUCCGUUUACGAGGAGGACUUCGAGGCCCCCUUUCUAGAAAUGUCCGCCGAAUUUUUCCAGAUGGAAAGCCAGAAGUUCCUGGCGGAGAACAGCGCCAGCGUGUACAUUAAGAAGGUGGAGGCCAGGAUAAAUGAGGAGAUCGAGCGCGUGAUGCACUGCCUGGACAAGUCGACGGAGGAGCCCAUCGUGAAGGUGGUGGAGCGGGAGCUCAUCUCCAAGCACAUGAAGACCAUCGUGGAGAUGGAGAACUCCGGCCUCGUGCACAUGCUCAAGAACGGCAAGGCGGAAGACCUGGCCUGCAUGUACAAGCUGUUCAGCCGGGUGCCCAACGGGCUGAAGACCAUGUGCGAGUGCAUGAGCGCCUACCUGCGCGAGCAGGGCAAGGCCCUGGUGUCCGAGGAGGGCGAGGGCAAGAACCCCGUCGACUACAUCCAGGGGCUGCUGGAUCUGAAGACGCGCUUCGACCGUUUCCUGCAGGACUCCUUCAAUAACGACCGGCUCUUCAAGCAGACCAUCGCCGGGGACUUUGAGUACUUCCUCAACCUCAACUCGCGCUCGCCGGAGUACCUCUCGCUCUUCAUCGACGACAAGCUGAAGAAGGGCGUCAAAGGACUGACGGAGCAGGAGGUGGAGUCCAUCCUGGACAAGGCCAUGGUGCUGUUCCGGUUCAUGCAGGAGAAGGACGUGUUCGAGCGCUACUACAAGCAGCACCUGGCGCGCCGGCUCCUCACCAACAAGAGCGUGUCGGACGACUCGGAGAAGAACAUGAUCUCCAAGCUCAAGACGGAGUGCGGUUGCCAGUUCACCUCCAAACUGGAAGGAAUGUUCCGGGACAUGAGCAUCUCCAACACCACCAUGGACGAGUUCCGCCAGCACCUGCAGUCCACGGGGGUGUCUCUAGGUGGUGUUGACCUCACAGUAAGAGUGCUGACGACAGGCUAUUGGCCCACGCAGUCAGCCACGCCCAAGUGCAACAUCCCCCCCUCUCCCAGACACGCCUUUGAGGUCUUCAGAAGGUUCUACUUGGCCAAACACAGCGGCAGGCAGCUAACACUUCAGCAUCACAUGGGCUCCGCGGACCUGAACGCCACCUUCUACGGGCCAAUCAAAAAGGAGGACGGGUCAGAGGUGGGUGUAGGGGGGGCACAGGUGACCGGCUCGAACACCCGAAAGCACAUACUGCAGGUCUCCACCUUCCAGAUGACCAUCCUCAUGCUCUUCAACAACAGAGAGAAGUCCACCUUUGAGGAGAUCCAGCAGGAGACGGACAUCCCCGAGCGGGAGCUGGUGCGGGCGCUGCAGUCGCUGGCGUGCGGGAAGACCACGCAGCGCGUCCUCACCAAGGAGCCGCGGUCCAAGGAGAUCGAGAGCGGCCACGUCUUCACCGUCAACGACCAGUUCACCUCCAAACUGCACCGAGUCAAGAUCCAGACCGGUGCGGAAGGAGGGGGAGGGGGAGGGGGGGGCUGGGCGGGGGGGGGGCGGCUUCCCUCGACACCCAUGUCCCAGAGUCUGCCUCGUGUUACCGUAGAAACGGAGGAGGUCCCGCGGCCUUGUGUGCAGAUAAAAGGUGCGAGUCCUGAUCGGUUUCGUUUGUUCGUCUCUCUCGUUUCCCAGGUAACCCAGCAGCUGAGGGCCCGGUUUCUCCCCAGUCCUGUGGUCAUUAAGAAGCGCAUUGAAGGACUUAUUGAGCGAGAGUACUUGGCGCGGACGCCCGAGGACCGCAAAGUGUACACUUACGUAGCGUGAAACGGAGCGUCUGCGAGGAGGAGGCGAACCGGAGGCGGGCACGGAGAGCGGGAGGGGAAGAGAAAGAAAGAAAGGAAGAAACAGAAAACAAAAUCCCCUUGGACUGUUUUGCGCAUGGACUUGGGUAGUCCCUUUUACCUAUAAAUACCGGAAAAACUGACUUUCCCUUCCAUUAAGAACAAAAAAAAAAAACUUACAGAAAAUAAAAAAUAAAUGUAAAAUCUGAAAGGAAAAAAAAAAAAAGACAAAAAAUCCACUAAGUGUUCUAGAUUAUUUAAAAAUUGGGCCUCUUCUCCCAGUGUGAAUUUAGACUCUAGAAGGACGGGGCUAGCCUCAAGGCUGCACAGUGUCUCGUCCUUGUAGCGGUCGACUUCAAAAAGAAUUCCUUGGGGAAAAUGUGAAUGCUCCACAUUUCUUUUCUUUUUUUUUUUGUUGUUGUUUUCAAUACUGUAUAAUAAAAGCAAAAAAAGGAAAAACAAAGAACAUAAAAAGGUGAAUAAAAAUGUAAAUGCCAA